AUGUCUCAACGUCAAAAGAAUCGAGAAUGUGCAGCUGACCAAGGCCAGACCUGUGAGGACACCCAGGGCCUACAGGUUGCAACAGUCUCCAGCCAUGUGGAGGAGCCAUGUACCUCCUCUCAUCUUAUGGCUAGUAGUCUGAAAGGCCAAACCUGUGAGGAGACCCAAGGCCUACAGGAUGUGGAGGAGCCAUGUUCCUCCUCUAAUUCUCUGAUGGCUAGCUACCAGAAUGAUCCUGCAGAUGAGACACCUAGUACUUCUGGGGGUCUUCAGAGUCCCUGUGCCUCUUCAAGAGAAUCAGGUGAGGAUCUUAGCAACCAACAAGUGCAGAGUUAUCCAAUCUAUCCACCAUUUCAACAAGACACCAUGAAUGUACCUAUGAUGAGUGUUGAUAGUAAAGUUGAUUUCUUGGUGAAUUACAUGCUGUGCAAGUAUCAGAUGAGAGAGAUAAUGAGCAUGGCUGAUAUAUUGAGACUCAUUGUAAGAGAAGAUGAAUAUCGUUACCAUGAAAUCCUCAUGAGAGCUGCUGAACGCAUGGAAAUGGUCUUUGGUUUGGAUGUAAAGGAAGUAGACCCUGUCAACCACUGCUAUGCUCUCUUUAUCAAACUAGGUCUCACCUAUGAUGGGAUGCGUAGUGAUGAGUAUAGCUUUCCUAAGACUGGUUUCCUGAUACUCAUCCUAGGGGUAGUAUUCAUGAAAGGCAACCGUGCCACUGAAGACGAGAUUUGGGAAGUGUUGAAUCCAAUGGGAAUCUAUUCUGGGAUGAAUCAUUUUGUCUUUGGUGACCCUAGGAAGCUGAUAACCGAUGAGUUUGUGAAGGAGCAAUACCUGGUGUACCAGCCAGUAGCCAAUAGUGAUCCUGUACAGUAUGAAUAUGUGUGGGGUCCCCGGGCUCGAUUUGAAACUAGUAAGAUGAAAGUGUUAGAGUUUGUGGCCAAGGUUCAUGGGACAGACCCUACUGCAUUCCAGUCUCAGUAUGAAGAGGCUCUGAUAGAAGAAGAAGAGAGAACCCUUGCCAUGAUUUUAAACAGUGCUGGCCCAAGACCUAGUUCUGGUGCAAGUUCUAGUGCCAUGGGCAGCAGCUUCCCUCAUAUCUAG